AUGUGCUUCUUAAAUAUAUGGCUGCGAGUGCCAUUCAAGAACUUACAGACUUCACGAAGUCUAUGUCUCAUGCCUCAUUCCCAGUUUCAUAAUCUUACGGCCUCCCAAUGGAUCCACCAAUAACCUCCUCCCGCCAAUCCCGCAUCCUAGGCGCCCUCCUAGGCCUCCACUCGGGCGAUUCCCUAGGUGCAACCCUCGAAUUCAGGACCUGGUCCUCAAUCCGCGCCAAAUACCCCACCGGCCUCCGCGACAUCGUGGGCGGAGGCGCAUUCCGAUGGUCUGCCGGCCAUGCCACCGACGACACCGACAUGACGCGCGCCGUACUCCUCGCAUACCGCGACCGUGUAGACUUUGAGCGCGCCCAAGAGAAAGACCAGCGUGCAGCUGCAGGAGAAAAGGAUUUCAACGGCUCCGCGGUCGCAGAGCUCAGAGUUCGGCCGGCGUAUCUCGUCAAGAAAGAUGGCAGCGUCACGUUCGAUGUUGUGCGCUGCGCAGCCGACUACAUGGUUGCGUGGUCGACGGGCACCUCGUGGCCUGGGCGUAAGCCAGGGUCACAGCCUGUGGAUAUUGGUGGUGCGACGCAAGUUGGGCUGGCGAAGUAUCAGCAGACGCGAGACCCGCGAAAGGCGGGCGCGGGCCCAGAUCAGGCUGGGAAUGGAAGUUUGAUGAGGUGUCUGCCCACGGGACUCUUUGGGAAGAGCAGGGAGGAAAGGGUGAGGGAGAGUAUUGAGAUUAGUGCUGUAACGCAUGAUGAUCGGAGAUGCACGGUGGCUUGCGCGGUGUACAACGAGAUUGCCGCGGCUCUGGUAGAUGGUGUGAACGCUGUCGAAGCUAUUGAGAUUGGAUUGAGAGCUAUGAAGGAGGUGGAAGGCUUGGAUUGCAAACCCGUCGAAUUAGCUGUGAAACAAGGCAAGACGAUUUCAGUGGCAACAAUUGUGGAGAACGGACCGGGACCGGAGCUACCUGGGAAAGCUGGAGGCUAUGUGCUGGAGUCGUUGACGUUGGCUAUCGCGGCUAUCCUUGACCAAAGGACCUUGGAGGAUGUCCUCGUGGAUGUCUUGCGAGUAGGAAAAGACACUGAUACUAAUGGCGCCAUUGCCGGAGGUCUGCUAGGUGCAAGAGAUGGGAUCGAAGCGGUCCCAGAGCGGUGGAAGCUGCUGCUUCAAUUCAGGGUCGAGUUUGAGGAUAUAGUGCGAGGUAUUGAGGCCUCUAACUAAGUCAAGAGAAAUACUCGUGAGUACUCAGCUCGAGGCCUAAGGCAUCAACAUCACGUAGUGUUUUACACAAUCGUUUGAGGAAAUUGGGGAUCAGAAAGAGCUUAGAUUGAACAAGAUAUCUACAAAUGCACCAAUACAGUAUCUACAACAGCUCUAUGCAGAGUCUGUUUGGUAAACUAGCAUAUUUGCUGCUUUAACGAUUGGAUAGAAAAGCAGCAAAGUGCUGAUAGCCCA